GGGCGCCGCCAUGAGCUUCCUCAUCGACUCCAGCAUCAUGUUCACAUCGCAGAUAUUCUUUCAAGGCAGCUGUGUUUGAUCUUCUUGCCCACCAUUCCAGCAGGGUGGGCAGAAAGCUCUGGCCUUUUCCAUGUGCUCUGAAGAGAUACACUGACUUUGUUCCUUGAUGUCUGACAUAUAUUGAAGUUUGUCUUUGCCUUGGUCAAAACUACUUCUGUAAAAAAUACUGAGUAUUUCCUGAAUUCUCUUUCUGCUUGGGUUCUUUUGAAUCAUUACACUCCAGUCUUAUGAGGAAUAGAUGGGACUGCUUAUAGGAGGCCUGAUAACACAGACCCCUUUUACUCUCUGAAGACAGGUGCUGUUCUUUGGAUUUGGGUGGCUUUUCUUCAUGCGAAAGCUCUUCAAGGAUUAUGAGGUGCGACAGUAUGUGGUGCAGGUGAUCUUCUCUGUGACUUUUGCCUUCUCUUGUACCAUGUUUGAGCUCAUCAUCUUUGAGAUUUUGGGAGUGCUGAACAGCAGCUCUCGAUAUUUUCACUGGAAGCUGAAUCUGUGUGUCAUUUUGCUCAUCCUGGUCUUCAUGGUGCCCUUCUACAUUGGUUACUUUGUUGUGAGCAAUAUCAGAUUAUUGCACAGACAGAAACUACUUUUUGCGUGUGUUGUGUGGUUGACAUUCAUGUAUUUCUUCUGGAAGUUGGGGGAUCCAUUUCCUAUCCUCAGCCCAAAACAUGGAAUCCUGUCUAUAGAACAGCUCAUCAGCCGUGUUGGUGUGAUUGGGGUGACACUCAUGGCUUUGCUGUCAGGAUUUGGUGCUGUCAACUGUCCAUACACUUACAUGUCCUACUUUCUCAGGAAUGUAACAGAUGCAGAUAUUCUGGCAUUGGAGAGACGACUCCUUCAGACUAUGGACAUGAUUGUUAGCAAGAAAAAAAGGAUAGCUGUGGCUCACAGGACAAUGUUCCAGAGAGGAGAAGUGCAUAACAGACCCACUGGCUUCUGGGGAAUGAUAAAAAGUGUGACAACAUCUGUUCCUGGCAGUGAAAAUCUGUCCCUUAUCCAGCAAGAAGUGGAUGCCCUGGAAGAAUUGAGUCGGCAGCUUUUCCUGGAAACUGCUGACUUGCAUGCAACAAAGGAAAGAAUAGAGUAUUCCAAAACUUUCCAGGGAAAAUACUUUAACUUUUUGGGUUAUUUUUUCUCCAUCUAUUGUGUCUGGAAAAUCUUCAUGGCAACCAUCAAUAUUGUAUUUGACCGUGUAGGGAAGACUGAUCCAGUCACAAGAGGAAUUGAGAUCACUGUAAAUUACCUGGGAAUCCAGUUUGAUGUCAAAUUCUGGUCUCAGCAUAUUUCCUUUAUUCUUGUUGGAAUAAUCAUUGUUACCUCUAUUAGAGGGUUGCUAAUCACACUUACAAAGUUCUUCUAUGCCAUUUCCAGCAGCAAGUCCUCCAAUGUUAUUGUUCUGCUGCUGGCACAGAUAAUGGGGAUGUACUUUGUGUCAUCAGUGCUCCUGAUCCGAAUGAGCAUGCCUCCGGAAUACCGCACCAUUAUUACAGAAGUCCUGGGAGAGCUCCAGUUCAACUUCUAUCACCGUUGGUUUGAUGUGAUAUUCCUAGUUAGUGCCCUGUCCAGUAUCCUCUUUCUCUAUUUAGCACACAAACAAGCCCCAGAAAAGCAUAUGGCCCUCUGAGGCAGAACUGCAGCCAUGCACUGCUCUCUGUCCUGUCAGCUGCACUGCUGCAGCUCCUGUGGGUGGGUUGCAGAACUUGGAGAGACAGGACUGCUCUGUGUGUUCUGGCAGUGUAACUGCAAAACUUGGAGAGACAGGACUGCUCUGUUGUGUGUUCUGGCUCCUUGAACCUCCACACGUGUCAUCAUCAAGCUCUGUGGCUCAUUUUGUUCAGUGCCACAGCUGGAAGGGACGGGGGUGUGUAUUAAACUUGGAACAGUUCAUUGCCAAGCAAUAAAAGCAAUCCUGGAUACACCACUAUCCAGGGGCAUCAGAACUUGUGUGGUAGGCUGGCUGAGGGAACACCUCCUACUGUUGGAACAACAUCAUCACAGAAGGCACCAAGAAAUGUGAUUUUUCUUUUGAAAAUCAACUUAUAAUUGGGAUUUGGAGGAUAGCAAUUCUGGAAUUGAAUGUUUGAGUCUGUGGAAUUAAAUAAGCUUUUGUAAUAUGCAAGUA